UCAAAUUUUCCAUGAAAAAUUAGAUCACCUUCACGAGUAGCAGAGCUUCGUGGGUCUCAAUUCUUGGACAAUCCAAUUCGCCAGCAGUUCCCAAAUUUGAUUGGUGAAUAGGUGACCCGCUGGGACCCAUCACUAUGCGAACAUCUGAAUACGCGUCAAUCUCUGAUUGGGCACAUCGGCACUCAAUGUGAGAGUCUCUGUGACUGUAUAAAUCCAUUUGGUCCCAUCGACCUUUUCCCUCUCGCCUCCCACGUUGCUGUUCACUUCUGAGAGCACGAAGCCAAAACCCCCAAAACGUUUCAGGCUAUCCUGGCAUCAUGAAAGACAAUUCUAGGGUUUCCAAGCUCUUCUCUCAUAUCCCUCUCACCUCGUUCUCAUUUGGGACACCAGAAAGGUUUUCUUUUUAUAGACAUUCAUUGUAAGACUAAGAGAUAAAGUGUUCAGAACAAAUAAUAGAAAAUCUUGUGGGAAAGGCAAGUUACUUCAUUCCCAAAGAUGAAUGAAGCUAACCAAGGAAGCAACCCUGAUUUUCCUGGAAAUUUCCCAGUAAAGCGCAAAAGGGGUCGUCCUCGAAAGGAUCAGAGUAAAAAACGUGGUGAAAAUGCUCAUAUUCCACCUGGAUUUGAGGGGGCGGAUGCAAACCUGCCCCUUCAGGUAGAACCAAUUAAUGUUGUAAAUGAUGCUAUGGUGGGCCAGGUAGUUUCUGGAGUAGUUGAUGCAUCAUUUGAUGCAGGUUACUUGCUUACUGUUAGGGUUGGCAACUCUGACACCAUUCUGAAGGGUGUUGUUUUCAAGCCAGGACGUUAUGUUCCUAUAUCAUCUGAAAAUGAUGUGGCCCCACAUGUUCAAAUGAUCCGGAGGAAUGAGAUUCACCUCCCAGCUGGAAACCAAUCACAGGAGCAAGGCUAUAACCCUCAAGCCAGAGAGCGGAAUGAGCAGCAUGGUAAUUUUCAGGGAAAUAACACUGCUCAUCCAUGGAAUGGAUUACCACCUGCUAACCAUGUGCCUAGGGUGGUACCCCGAGCUGCUAAAGUAGCAGUGUCAAAAGGGAAACAAGUGCAAACAGUGGUCACCCAGACUGUUGCUCAUCCAGUGGGUGAAAGAGGCACCUUGGUCCCUGUUAUACUCCCACCUGCUAGUCAAUCUAAUGAGGCGCCUCCUGUGAACCUAGUACCUCCACCCGAUAUCCAAGCUGCAAAUCCAGCGGCAUCAAAAGGCAAGCAAGUGCUGGCAGCUGCACUCCAAGGUCCUCAUUCAUCAAAUGGCUCAACGUCCAACAGCCAGAUCUCUGCAGUUGCAAAGGUCAUGAAAAACGAAGAUACUUUUCAUCAAACCCCUGCUGAGGUUGUGUAUGAUGCUGAAUGCAGAUCAAUGCGAAUGCCUAACAUGCCCUUUGAGACACUGCUGGGUGAAGUUGUUAAAAGAAUUCAAGUCCCUUCACAAUCAGAGGGCCAGAUUCAGGAUUCUGGCCGCAACUUGGAGGAAGGACAUAAUAUGAAUCAAGCCCUCAUAGUCAAACCCCUCCAAGCUGUACAGCCAAACCAUCAUGACCACACUGAAUCUGCUCCCCGACAUCUGGACAACAACAUGACCAGCAGAAUGACUGAGUUGUUGCAGGCUUUGCCAGAUUAUGUAAGGGAGAGUCAGGUACCUGGAGUUCAGGAUGCAGCUACUAGCUCUGGACAUGAUUUUGAUGAACCAAGGAACCAGGAAGAGGCUACUGGAGAUUCACUACAAUAAAAUUGUGAAGGCAUCAGGUGUUGGAUCCCAUUAGAUUCCAACUUGAUCAGGAAAUACACCCCUCUGCUUCUCAUGUUACCUGCAGUGAAGUGCUGUGCUGGAGCAAUCUGGUCAAACAAUUCAACUCUGUAAAAGGUUUGUGAAUUAAGAACAAUUAAAGGGCUGCAGAGGAUCAUUAUUUAAACCUUGGGUUUCAGAAUACCCAGUGCUAUUUAAUAGUAACCUUUUCAGUUUGUAACUAAAUACAGACAAAUUGCCUGAUUACAGUUUUGUUGUCA